ACCAUUUUGAAAACAUUUUCAAUGGCGAAAUAAAAUUGAAUUAAUGACGAUUGAACGAAGAUGAUACAAUUUUACACUGAUUCAACGAGACGAAAGAGUUAUAUUACAUAGAAAUAAAAAAUGGGAUAUUGAGCAAGUUACAGAAUGCCUAAUGAAGCUCUUAAUCCAUUGCUUAACGCCCGAGAUCGGCUGUUUCGCGUACUUUUUUUCAAGAUAUCCCUUCUUUAUGCAAGAACUCUGUCCCCAUCUGUAAGGACAUUGAUAGAAUUCGGCAUUUUAACCAAGGCAAUUGUGUUAUUUUCUAUACUUGUCUAUAUCCAUGCAAACUUCACAAGCCUACCGAUGAGAUGUUUGGACAAUGUACAGAAGACAUGGCCUAGAAAUGGUAUUCUUCGAGUGCGAAUGUCUCAAAAUUCCUCAAUUUAUGUAACAAAUGGAAAUACUGCACACAAUGGUAUCAAUAUCAAUGAAAGCAAUGUUUCAAUAAAUGAAACAGAUUCCACUGCUUUGCCACUAGAUCAGGAUAUGUCAACUGAUUUCACAAACCAAUCGAAUCUUGAUCUUUUUUACUCAAUUCCUGAGGAUAAGCCAUCAUUAAGUUUUAAACCAAUGAGAGAAACACUUCUCCACUCAUAUGAUACAAUUCUUGAUGAAUCCAAUGAAGAUGAGUAUGUCAUGGAAUAUUCUUUGGAAUUUGGGUUUCUUAGACUUUCUCAAACUGCCAGGUUACGAUUAAAGAUUCCAGUUAUGGUAGUUGAGUUAGAUCCCACUAAAGAAAAAUGUUUUGGUGAUGCGUUUAGUCGGUUUUUGUUGAAGGAAUUUCUUGGAUACGAUGAUGUACUUAUGUCAAGUAUUAAAAGAAUUGCAGAAUUUGAAGACAAUAGAGGCUAUUUGAGAAAUUUAGUGACUGGUGAACACUAUCGUUUUGUCAGUUCAUGGAUGGCAAGAAGUUCAUAUGUUGUUGCUUUUAUUCUAAUGUUUACUUUCACGAUUUCAAUCUCAAUGCUGCUUCGAUACUGUCACCAUCAAAUCUUUGUUUUCAUUGUUAAUAUUCUUCAAAUGAUGGAUUUGAAUGGAAUAAUCGCUUUCCCUGUUGCACCCUUAUUUACAGUCAUCCUUUCCUUAGUGGGAAUGGAGGCUAUUAUGUCGGAAUUUUUCAAUGAUGCAACGACAAGUUUUUAUGUCAUUCUAAUUGUAUGGGUGGCUGAUCAAUUCGAGGCGAUAUGUUGCCAAACAGCGAUAAGUAAAAGAUUUUGGCUAAGAUUCUUCUAUCUCUAUCACUUCGCCUUCUAUGCCUACCACUAUCGAUUCAAUGGUCAAUACAGUGGUCUGGCGUUAGUUACGUCAUGGUUGUUUAUUCAACAUUCGAUGGUUUUCUUCUUCCAUCAUUACGAACUACCAGCCAUAUUAAUGCAAGGAGCUCAUAUUGUUGGCGGCGAUCAAAUCAACGAGGAACAACUAGAACUGGAGAUACUUAACCCAACAGUUAAUAAUCCCAAUGAACCAGUACUUAAUAAUACCUACACCGGUGAUAAUGAGAUCAAUGUUGGCAUGAAUAAUGAUGAUGGAAAUAACUUGGCUGAAAAUGGCAACGGAAGUAAUGAUCCUUCCUUGCGCCAACGCGUGCAUGAUCGAAGGCAAAAUGACGGUGAAAUGAUGAACGCUUCUCAACCUAAUCCGACUAGUUUAGAACAAGAUAGAACUUCUUGAACUUGCAUUAUAAUUAA